AGCUGAAGGACAUGCAUUGUCGGUAUGCAAGGAACUGCUCCAUAGCUCUAUAGCCUGUAAUCGUAGUUUUUAUUUGGAUUUGCAGUUCAAGAACAGAUUCAACAGCUGUAAAAAUACAAACAAUUAUGGCCUCUCCCUGCAGUCUGCUGUCUGAAGAGCAGUUCCUGUGUUCUAUCUGUCUGGAUGUGUUUAACGACCCAGUUUCUACUCCAUGUGGACACACCUGCUGUAAGGCCUGCAUCACAAACUACUGGGAUGUCAGUGACGUGUAUCAGUGUCCCAUGUGUAAGGAAAGGUUCAACAAAAGACCGGACCUUCGUGUCAACACAACCCUCAGAGAGGUUGUGGAGAAAUUUAAUAUGAGUAUGAUAUGGAAAAAGGGUUACCAUGCCAAACCUGGAGAAGUGUGCUGUGAUGUCUGCACUGGGAGGAAGCUCAAGGCCCUGAAGUCCUGUCUGGUGUGUCAGACCUCCUACUGUGAGACUCACCUGGAGCCUCAUCAGAGAGUUGCAACCUUGAAGAAACACAAGCUGAUCGACCCUGUGAAGAACCUGGAGGACAGGAUGUGUCAGAAGCAUGACAAACUGUUAGAACUCUUCUGUAGGACUGACCAGACGUGUGUUUGUCUGAUGUGCGUCAAAACGGACCACCAGACUCACGUUGCUGUCCCUUUAGAGGAGGAGAGUAGGAAGAGGAAAGCUAAGAUGGCCGUUGUGAUGGCCGAAAUGAAUCAGAUGAUAAAGAUACGCUCUUGGAAGGUGUUAGAGAUCAAACACUCAUUAGAGAUCAGCAGGAGAGAUGCACAUGAAAAUAUAUCAGACAGCAUAGAGGUAUUCACUGCUCUGGUGCGCUCCAUUGAGAGAAGCCAGGCUGAGCUCAUUGAGGUGAUUGAGGAGAAGCAGAAAGCAGCAGAGGAACAGGCUGAAGGGUUGAUUAAACAUCUGGAGCAGGAGAUCACUGAGUUGCAGAAGAAAAGCUCUAAACUUGAGAAGCUUUCAAACACUGAGGACCACCUCCACCUGCUCCAGAGCUUCCCAUCCCUGAGCACCCCUGAGCACACCAAGGACUGGUCUGAGAUCAGUGUCCACAGUUAUCAGUAUAAGGGAACCCUAGAAACAGCUGUUUCUCAGCUGAUGAAGACACUCAAUAAAGAGAUGGAGAGAUUUUUGAAAAAUAAGAUGAGGAGUAUUCAGCAGUAUGCAAUGGAUGUGACUCUGGACCCUGAUACAGCUCAUCCCAAACUCAUCCUGUCUGAGGAUGGGAAACAAGUGAAACAUGGAAACCUAUGGAACAAUCUUCCUGACAAUCCAGAGAGGUUUAACCGGAGUCUCAUUGUCCUGGGAAAGCAGGGCUUCUCCUCAGGGAGGUUCUACUAUGAGGUGCAGGUUGAGGGGAAGACUAAGUGGGAUCUGGGAGUAGCCAGAGAGACCGUCAACAGGAAGUCAACCGUCACCCUGAACCCUGUGGACGGAUACUGGACUCUGUCUUUGAGGAAUCAAAAUGAGUACACAGCUAAUGCUGGCCCUGGUGUCUCCCUGUCCCUGAGACGGAAGCCCCAGAAGGUGGGGGUGUUUGUGGAUUGCGCGAAGGGUCUCGUCUCCUUUUAUGAUGUGGAGGCCAGGUCUCAUAUCUUCUCUUUCACUGGCUGCACCUUCAAAGGGAAGCUAUAUCCAUUCUUUAAUCCAUGUCUUAAUGAUGGUGGUGAAAACUCUGUCCCUCUCAUCAUAUGUCCUGUGACCUCAUACAGUAUAAACUUUAGAAUGGUGUCAGAUUAAUGUGAUAUGUCAGAUUAACUCAUUGAACCAAUUCAUGUAUGCAGUGUAACUGUCUUUGUACAGCAAGACAUAGACAUGUUUUGAAACCUGAUUCAAAUUAAUAUACUGCAACAAGUAGCUGUAUUCUAUAUUGAGGUGAGUUUAUGCAUCUGGUCUGUCAAUCAUAACAGCGUUUUAACUGUGUAUCUGGUGAAAAGGAACUGGAUAGUGUAUUAUGUAUGAAGACUGUAUUAGUUAAUGAUUGGAUAUUUUAUGAUACACCUGGUACCAAAUGUAAUGUGAUAUGAUUAGGGUUUAUGAACAGAUGUGUUUCUAAUGGGGGUCAACACAUAUUUUCUUGUAGAAUGGUUUAGUGAUUUUUCCAUUAGGCCUAUCAGGCUUCCCUGAUGAUCCAUGAUCCUCCAUUCCACUGUACUAUUGGUUGAUUUGUUUCUAUUCAUCAGUAACCUGUUUUGUGCUUUUUCUUACCACUGAUAAAAAAUAUUGAAACAUAAACAAUGUCAAACCUUACAUAAUAAUAUAUAUAUUCUGGAAUCUAGCAUGCCACAUGGCCUCUUUAAGGAUAACAAAAUGAAAGCAAGUAAAAAUAUUCCCUUUGGUUCUGGGACUUUG